UACAAGCAAACAAUAACAGGUCAUAAAUGCCCAACUAAACUACUGUAAUAACAUAAAUCAAAUGUAAACAGGCCACUUUCUUCUUCCACUCACAGGACGUCUCACAAAAAUAAGGAGGCCACGUGACCUGUUCGAGCGAAGAUAAACUUGGAGGGAUGAUUAGCUAAAAGUCAACAGUCAUCGUCAGCAGCAGCAUUGUUAUUUCCAUGUAUUAUUAUUAUUAUUGUUAUCAUUAUUAUGAGUGUCAUUCCAGAAUGACUCCUCCUAAGGGUACUUGAUUCCACUUCCGGGAUCACUCUUAGGCAACUGACCCACUUUACCUCCGCCUGACUUUAUAAAUAAGCCUUGGCGGAAGACCACACACAGCGAGUUGUGGUGCGACGACGAGGACGACGAACUUUCCUCGUCUUGGUUCUUUUUUCUUUGAUUUUUUUUAAACAUCUUCUUACCUGAGCAGGUGAACUGAAGACAGCAUGGCGGACAACGUUCAGCUCGGCAGCUCGGUAACGUCGGAGCUCCGGGCGAUGUUCUACAUGCUGUCGCCCAACGAGUCGUCCUUCGAGAAGGUUGAAGACGUUCCCGAGUACGUUCAUCAGGCCAAUCCUUUCUUCAUCGGGCUGAUCAUCCUGGAGAUGGUGCUUGGCAUGUUCCUGUCAGAAGCUCCGCUGUACAACAUGGGUGAUGGAAUCAUCUCCAUAUCUUUGGGGAUAAUAUCCAGACUCCCGCUGGUGCUGAUGCGAGGCUGCGAGUUGUCGGCCUACGUGUACGUGUGGGACCGCUACCGCCUGCUGGAACUGCCCUGGGACUCCUCCUGGACCUGGCGCUUCGCCUUCCUGGCAGUGGACUUCUGCUACUAUUGGUUCCACCGCUUAGCCCACGAGGUGUCCAUCUUGUGGGCGGCUCACCAGGUUCACCACAGUUCCGAGUACUUCAACUUCAGCACGGCCCUGCGGCAGCCGCUCACCCAGCAGCUGACAUCCUGGAUUUUCUACUUGCCCAUGGCUCUGGCAGUGCCCCCUUCGGUCUUUGCUGUCCACAUCCAAUUAAAUCUGCUUUUCCAGUUCUGGCUGCACACGGAGGUGGUCCGAGACCUGGGACCUCUAGAGUGGAUCUUCAACACUCCAAAGCAUCACAGAGUUCACCACGGGAGGAACAAGUACUGCAUUGACAAGAACUACGGUGGCAUUCUCAUCAUAUGGGACCGAUUGUUUGGCACUUUUGCUGGAGAGGAGGACAAGGUGCGGUACGGCUUGGUCUUCCCCAUUAACUCCUUUGAAAUCAUCACGAGUCAGUUCCACUACUAUUUGUACUUGUGGAGAAAGUCCACCACCUACGCCAGCAUCAGCGACAAAGUGUCAACAUUCGUCAACGGUCCAAGCUGGCUGCCUGGUAAGCCUCGGCUGGGCGACCACGAGUUGGUUCCAGAGGUGACUGGAGAGGAAGUGCCUCAUGAUCCCAGCUGCUCGCUGCCCUUACAAGUUUAUGUGGUGACACAUUUCCUGCUGGUGCUGCAUACUUACCACCAUCUGUUUGAAAACCAAGCGAUACUAACACAGUUCAGCAUCCUGGGGGUGAUCGGCUAUAUCCUGCUGACGCUCACCUCCAUUGGUUUCAUCAUGGACCAGAGGCCGUCGGCGUCCAUGUUGGAGAUGCUGCGCUGUGCUGCCAUGGUGACGAUGUUGCGCUACAAUCACUUGAAGCUCCCCUAUUCUUCCCUGGCGAUGCCCACGCAGGAAGCCUUUUGCAGGCGUUGAGAGUGUCUGCUCCUGUGCAUGUCGCUCCUGUGCAGGCCUUUGCCUCCCUCUCGCUGCUCUACUGGGCGAUGCAGAUCUUCUGUCAGCUGCUCUCCGUCAACAGGAAGUCUGACUGAAUGUGACCCGCGGACCGGACCAGCUCACACUGUGCCACCGUCUUUUUUUUGCCUUUUAAAGUCUUUACUAACAAAGUAAAAAAACAUUAAAAAAAGUCAAACUAACAGAGGAAAUAUAUUUACCACCAUAUUGUGUUUACUUUUCUUUUUGUUUCUAAUCCUAUCUUGUAUUUAAAAGGACACACGGUAACUCAUUUUUAUGUGGAACCUGUGGAACUCAUGCAAAUGACCACCCGCUUUGUUUGCUUCUCAGGGGAAACAAUGGAAUUCCAAAUCAUCUGUUCCAGGGUCAAGCUGCGGCCAUCAUAAGACAUUUAUGAACUGUACAGGCAAUGUUUUAAGUAACAGUGCAACUGUCGUAAAAGUGUACCAAGAAGCUACGCCGGGGGCGUUUUUCCAGCGAGGGCCACAUAGUGGAAAAAUGAAAGACUGCAACUUAGCCACUUAGAUGUUUUGUAAAGCAACACAUGUACGUAUGCUAACACGUUUCAGGGCUGUAAAACCCCUCAGCAUACACGUUAUGCACUUUUCUCAGACAGGAAUGAACAUUUUGUCACUCCCGUGACCGUGUCUUUUGUCGUGGCGUUGUUCCGCUGUACUGUAGUGUUUUUGUUUACAUGUUGCUGCAGACAAACCGAAGAUUCAUUCACAAGCUAGCAAUCAAGCAAGCUAGCGAUGACACAGGAGACACGGCAGGGCGGCACGUAGGAGAUUGAUUGACAAUGGUGUACAGAAGAAAACAAUGGGCGGUGCAGACAGACGAGAGAGGGAAGAGAGACACUCAACUUCCCACAAUGCAAUUCUCCUUAAAGGGCCAAGCUCGGCCUUUUUUGUAUUACGGCGUUCAUGCGCUGUAAUACAAAAAGAGGCACUAAAAGAAUCUGCGAAAGGUGAAUGGCAUUAGAGUGAGGGAACGCUGCUUAGCUGCGUUUCUUCCCAUUUCUGCUGUUGCUUAUUUCAACAUGUUCCAGCUAUUUAAACAUUGUUUUUGUAAAGUUUCUUUCUUGUAAUUAUGGAUUUAUUUCCAUCACAUUUGGACUCUCGUAAUAUUAGGUCUUUUUCCGCAACCUCAUUUUCCAAAAAUUCCAACUUUAUUUGUCGUUUUGUUUGCUUUUUAUAAUAUUGCAACUUUUUUUCUUUAACAUUUCAGUGUUAUGCUACUAAAAUUAUAUCAUUUUUUUCCAAAUAAUGUCACAUUAUUCUGGUAAAAUAUACAUUUUUUUUCUCUUAAUAGUUUUCCUUUUUUCUUGUAAAAUGACUGAAUUGACAUAAAAUGACUCAUUUUUGAGUUUUCUUGUUUAAUAAAAUGUGUAGAAUGUGCUGUGGGCCAAUAAGAACAACAUCCCCCGCCCCACACGGCCUCUAGGCUGCGCUUUGAACACCCCUGAGCUAAGAAGUCGAAUGUGACAGACGGACACACAACGCGUCCUCAUUCCAUCAGUGGCUUGGACACUGCUAGCAAACACAUUCCUGACCCGUGUCUGGUCAGGCGUCUUCAUCGGGUGAGUGCUUUUACUUGAUUUUACUUUUACUUUGCUGCUUUUUACACUCGUAAAACAAACAUGACUUCAUGUUAUGAUAGAAGUUUUACGAUAGUCACAGCUUGACACUGGAACGGAUGAAGUGACUUUGUGUUAUUUCCUACGGGGUGGGGAAGCAUCAAGGAGCAAAUUGUGUUGACUUGACUGUACUGUAAGAUGCACAUCCCGGUAGUGCUGCAUGUUGUAUCUCUUACUACUAUGCCUGAUAACUAUGAACCUCACGCUUUUUAUUUUGGAUGUACGAGUGGAUCAUUAGAGCAUGUCAGGUGAAUUGGCAGCAAAAUGUGAAUUUUGAAUUUUAAAUUUGAAUUUCCAAAAAAAAAAGUACCGCCUCUGUGGUGGUCCAAAGGUAUUUGUGGCAGCCGACACAAAUAUAAAGUCAUGAAUGGGAAACACUGCCAUGUGUGCUGCCAAUAACACCACUGCUACAGCACUAAUGAUGCCACAUGCUGCAGUGCUGCAGCUCCGGAGGAAGGAGCGCCCACUGCAGGCCCAAGUGGAAGAAAUAAUAAGGUGCAGAAUAAUGUGAACGAGGAGGGGAGGGAUAAUCCAGAUAAGCUUUGCAUCCGCUCCCCCAGUUUCCAUGUCCAUCACCCUCACAUAUGUCCCCCAUAGCCGAGUCCUCCACCUGGACCAAGUGUUGUCCAGACCUUGUGUGGGAGUGAGAUGUUCCACAGCAGAUGGUGCUAUUUCCUCUCCCGUCACUGCGCGUCAUCAUCUUCGUUACCAGAUGCACGGGAAAUUGUUGAUGUUUGCCACACGAGCUGCGAAUCAGUCAAAUAAGUCAAAACUGACCGCUGAAAUCGCACUCUGCUUUGUUGUGGUUGAUGUUUGAAAGCUUUAUGAGGCACCCAACCUGUGCAGAUGAUCAAUGACUAACUCCUGUGAUGAUGUGAAUGUCUUACUAGUGUGUAGCUAGACAACCAAUGAAAGCCUGUUGUCUUUUUUCAUGUCCAUUGGUCCCCAGAACUGUCCAUCAAGCUCGUACUGUACUUUACUUCAGGCCGUAUUAGAAGGUCAUGUGUCCAUCAGAUGAUUGACAAUAAAGGUAUA